UCCUGGCGACUGGGUCUUUAACACCGCCCAGCGCACAUGUCUGGGGAGGCCCGCCGGCCGCUGUUGGAGCGCACAGACGGCGGCCCGGCCCGGGCAAGGCGGGCGCCGCCGCGAUGCUGCGAGGCGGACGGCGCGGGCGGCUCUGCGGGCAGCUCCGCGGGCACGGCCUGGCUAUGGGCCCGGGCUGCCUGCUGGCCUGGCUGAUGCUGGCAUCUGCUGGCGCCGCAUCCUGCCCCGAUGUCUGCUGCUACCACGGCCCUUCGGGGCUGCGCUGCACCCGGUCUGGGGCCCUGGAUGUCCUCCGCAACCUGCCGGGCACCGAGAACCUGACCGAGCUCUACAUCGAGAAUGAGCCGUAUCUGGAGCGUCUGGAGCUCAGUCACCUCAGGGGCCUGGGGGAGCUGAGAAACCUCUCCAUCGUGAAGAGUGGUCUCCGAUCCGUGGCGUCAGAUGCCUUCUAUUUCACCCCGCGGCUCAGUCGCCUGAAUCUCUCCUUCAAUGCUCUGGAGUCUCUCUCCUGGAAAACUGUGCAGGGCCUGUCCAUACAGGAGCUAGUCCUGUCCGGGAACCCUCUGCGCUGUUCCUGUGCCCUGAACUGGCUGCGGCGCUGGGAGGAGGAGGGGCUGGGCGGCGUGCGGGAGCAGAAGCUCCAGUGCCUGGGGCGCGGGCCCUUUGCCUACCUGUCCAACACCAGCUGUGGCGUGCCCAUGCUGAAGGUCCAGAUGCCCAAUGCCUCCGUGGACGUGGGGGACAGCGUGUGGUUGCAGUGCCAGGUGGAGGGGCAGGGCCUGAAGCAGGCUGGUUGGAUCUUCACAGAGCUGGAGGAGUCAGCCACAGUGACGCAAUCGGGGGGUCUGCCGUCUCUGAGGCUGACUCUGGCCAAUGUCACCAGUGACCUCAAUAGAAAGAAUGUGACAUGCUGGGCGGAGAACGACGUGGGCCGGGCUGAAGUCUCUGUUCAGGUCAACGUCUCCUUCCCGGCCAGCGUGCAGCUGCACGCCGCGGUGGAGCUGCAUCACUGGUGCAUCCCCUUCUCGGUGGACGGGCAGCCGGCGCCGACUCUCCGCUGGCUCUUCAAUGGCUCCGUGCUCAACGAGACCAGUUUCAUCUUCACCGAGUUCCUGGAGCCGGCUGCCAACGAGACAGUGAGACAUGGGUGUCUGCGCCUCAACCAACCCACUCACGUCAACAAUGGCAACUACACGCUGCUGGCCACCAACCCAUCAGGCCAGGCCGCUGCCUCCAUCAUGGCCGCGUUCAUGGACAACCCUUUCGAGUUCAACCCUGAGGACCCCAUCCCUGACACUAACAGUACAUCUGGAGACCCGGUGGAGAAGAAGGAUGAAACACCUUUUGGGGUCUCAGUGGCUGUGGGCCUGGCUGUCUUUGCCUGCCUCUUCCUUUCUACGCUAUUCCUUGUGCUCAACAAAUGUGGACGGAGGAACAAGUUUGGGAUCAACCGCCCUGCUGUGCUGGCUCCGGAGGAUGGACUGGCCAUGUCCCUGCAUUUCAUGACAUUGGGUGGCAGCUCCUUGUCCCCAACUGAGGGCAAAGGCUCCGGGCUCCAAGGCCACAUUAUUGAGAACCCACAAUACUUCAGUGAUGCCUGUGUACGUCACAUCAAGCGCCGGGACAUCGUACUCAAGUGGGAGCUGGGUGAAGGCGCCUUUGGGAAGGUCUUCCUUGCUGAGUGCCACAGCCUGCUGCCUGAGCAGGACAAGAUGCUAGUGGCCGUGAAGGCACUGAAGGAGGUGUCUGAGAGCGCCCGGCAGGACUUCCAGCGCGAGGCCGAGCUGCUCACCAUGCUGCAGCACCAGCAUAUCGUGCGCUUCUUCGGCGUCUGCACCGAGGGCGGCCCGCUGCUCAUGGUCUUCGAGUACAUGCGGCACGGCGACCUUAACCGCUUCCUCCGGUCCCAUGGGCCUGAUGCCAAGCUGCUGGCUGGAGGGGAGGACGUGGCUCCAGGCCCUCUGGGCCUGGGGCAGCUGCUGGCUGUGGCUAGCCAGGUGGCUGCAGGGAUGGUGUACUUGGCGGGACUGCACUUCGUGCAUCGGGACCUGGCCACACGCAACUGUCUGGUGGGCCAGGGACUGGUGGUUAAGAUCGGCGAUUUCGGCAUGAGCAGGGAUAUCUACAGCACCGACUACUACCGCGUGGGAGGACGCACCAUGCUGCCCAUCCGCUGGAUGCCGCCGGAGAGCAUCCUCUACCGCAAGUUCACCACCGAGAGCGACGUGUGGAGCUUCGGCGUGCUGCUCUGGGAGAUCUUCACCUACGGCAAGCAGCCCUGGUACCAGCUCUCCAACAACGAGGCGAUUGAGUGCAUCACUCAGGGACGUGAGCUGGAGCGGCCACGUGCUUGCCCACCCGAGGUCUAUGCCAUUAUGCGGGGCUGCUGGCAGCGGGAGCCCCAGCAGCGCCACAGCAUCAAGGAUGUGCACGCCAAGCUGCAAGCCCUGGCCCAGGCGCCUCCGGUCUACCUGGACGUCCUGGGCUAGCGGGCUGGCUGGGGGCUGGGGCUGAGGAGCUGGAAUACUGGGACCUGCCCUCAGCAACCCCAUCAUUCCCAGCAGCCCCAGGGUGAUCUCAAAGCAUCCAACUCUCCCUCAGCAUGCUGGAGGGGUCAGGUGGAGUCUGGGAGGGAGGGGAUGUGCCCUCUUCUCUAGGUAGGGUUCUGUCGCAGCAAUUAUAUUUAUUAUCCCGUG